AUGCAGCCUACUUCUCCAGCGAAGUCCUUGGGAUGCCUGCGGCUGACCACCCCACCUGCCACAGACCCGCGCGCAGUUGUGCGGCCGUUCAGGACGCUGCUCUUGGCCUACGAGCCGCUUGUCGAAGAGGUCGAAACGCUCUCGAGGGCAAUGCAGAUCGUCCGCCAGAAGCUGCUCUUAAUGGCCACGCCCCAGGAGGGCCCUGGGCCUGUGCACAGGGCUCUGGAGGCGCACCCAGGCGCGUUGGAGACCAUCGUGGCGAGGCUGAUCGACAGGAUGGAGGGCUUCCGUCAGCAGACCGCCUCUCUGCGGGGCCGUUUCGUGGCGCAGCACGGCCUGGCCCUGCUGCAGGCGCGUGCGGCACUGCAGCUGUGGCUGAACCGGCAGGAGGUCGGGGCGGCGCCCCCCGCGGGGAAUCUGGCGGCGGCGUCGGCCCGCGGUGCGCUGUCCAGCCUCGCGGAUGUCGAGGUCAAUCUGGACUCCUGGGGCCGGCUGGCCGCGUGCCCCUACCUGGGCCGGGAGGGCGACCAGUGGCCUUGGCAGGAGGCACUCGGCCCGAGGGUGGACGUGCAAGGUGCGCUGGCUCACAUGGGCGCAUUGGUGGAG